AAAAAAAACAAAAAAAAAAAAAACAGCUGUUUGAAGGCACAAGCUUUUCCCGUCUCUCCCCGAUGCGCUCCUGAGAAAAAAGCCCCUGCGGACGCGCCCUCUCUUCCCCCUCCGCCACCGGAGGUUCCGUCCCUGACUCGAACCGACGCGCUCCGGUGUUUCGGCCCUCUCUUCGAGGGGUGCUCCUGCGGUUUUUUUGUCUGACUGCCAGGAAACUUAACAGGAGAUCCAUGGUGUUACAUUUCCCUCGUAACAAGUGGAUGACAGGAGGCGACCCGACCAAGGUGUAAUGAGAGCGCUGGUCAUGGACAGAUGAUGGACGUUGAGACGUCGUACUCAGAUUUCAUCAACUGUGAUCGCACGGGGCGCAGGAACGCGGUGCCCGACAUCACAGGGGAGGGGGAGGUCGGGGCGAGCACGAGUGAGCUCACCAAAGACAUGGCAGAGAUGGAUCUGAAGGCUGCAGAAGGAGACCCGGGAGCGUCCCCGGCUCCUGAGGCUGAGGGCUCUACAAGCCAAGACGCCCAGGGCGGCGGGGGCCCGUCCUAAAAAGAGCAGGAGAUGGAUGCGGCGUGGAGGAACGCAGAGAGGAUGCAGAGGAAUGUGCGGAGGAGGAGAAGGAAAUGAAGAGAUGGAAUAUCGGUCGUCCUUUCUGGAUCUGAGGACACUUUCACUCACUGCCGGCCUGUUUGGAGCUCUCCUCGCCCCAAAUGUCGCCCACUUUUUUUUUUCUUUUGUUCUGGACCAGAUAGUCUGAUGGUUAAGAGAACUGAGUGGAAGUGGGAAAUGGGAUGCGGCUCCUUUGCUUUAUACUCUUAUUCAUUUGUAUUUCCUGACAGGAUGAGGAAGCACAGAAACUUUUGGAUUAGUGCCUGUGGAGAAGGACUGAGCGAAACAAAAUUAUUUAUAACUAAUAACAAAGCUCCGGGCUAGAAUGGAACUGUGUCAUGGAUUCAUUAUCAUCCGUUUGUCGUUUUCUUUUCACGCCUGUGUGUGGGUUUGUGACUCUCUCAUUCCGUUUUUUUUUUCUUUCUAGUAUCGUCUCCACUUACCGUCAAGUAAAGACUUCAUAUUUAUUGCUAAAUGUUAAGUGAUAACUUUGUGAUAGAACAUUUCUUUGUGUAAUAAAAUACUGAUGAAUAAUUGUAACAUUUGUAUGUUUUAAGAGAUGAUUACUUUCUUACGCAGGGAAAUUUGUCGGGUUACUGAAAACCGCAGAUAUGGGAGCUAUAAAAGCUGCUGUGUUCCAGCCAAACGGGGUUAAUUACAACCAUAAAUAUUCCUGAAUGCAGCUUUUUGUGUACAUGAGGAUGGUCAGAGGAAGUCGGUGUUGACAUUUCCUUCCAGCAUGGCCCCCGUGUUCUCCUUUAUCUCUUUUCACAAUAAAGAAACAGACGUUUCUCUGCAAGAGCAGUGCAGAUUUUUAGAGACCCUU